GCGCUCCCUCGCUGGUGGGGCGGUGAUACCCGCUGGCAUGGCGCCUCCUCUGCUUUCGCGUUACUUGCGUCUCCUGGCAGCCCUGGUGGGGCUCCUGGGUCCCAGCGAGGUGGUGGCUGAGCUGGCGGAGGAGGCUGGAGCCCACUGUCCCGAGGGUCUGUGGCCUCUGCCCUCACAGGUGUUGCCAAAGGUCACCUACACUCGAAUGAGACCAGGGUGGGCUGAGGAUGUCACCUUCCUCUAUCACCCUUGUGCCCAUCCCUGGCUGAAACUCCAGCUUGCCUUCCUGGCCCAUGUUUGUGUUGCUAAGCCCUCACUCAUCCCUGACUCCAACCUCACUCGGGACAGGCCCCUGGUGCUGACAGCAUGGGGGAUGGCACUGGAGAUGGCAUGGGUAGAACCAGCCUGGGCUGCCUACUGGUUAAAGAGGAGGCAGCGGAGGAAGCAGAGGAAGAAAGUAUGGUUCCACUCUGACAGCCCGGCUCAGCCCUCUCCGUCGGUGCCAAGCCGCAGCAGAGGGAGGCUGUACCCAAGAGGGUGUAUGCAGGCCCCAGCUUUGGCCUUUGCUCUGCGUAGCUGGAGGCCUCCUGGCACAGGGAUGCCAUCCAGCGGGCCCAGGCAGCACUCUUCCAGUGGUGCCAAGAGGCGGGGGCUUCGAGCUGCUCUGGGUCUCCAGUCUACUCCUGCAGGCCCGAGGGUUCCUUUUGCUUCCCCGUGGAGUUUAAAGGUCCAGCAGCCCAUUUGGGGAGCCCAAAGUGAGGGGGCUAAUGCCCCAUCGGUGCCUUCGGUCCCCUUGUCACCUGGAGGACCCGUAGGCAAUGCAAGCAGCAGGUCAGAGGAUCAGAUACCCAAAGCCCAAGGCAGCCCAGGAGGGUGCACCUGCCCCAAUCAAGCUUCCCCGGCCCCUCGGGCAGCAGCGCCUCCGCGGGCAGCCCGGGGCCCCACCCCACGCACGGAGGAGGCCGCCUGGGCUGCCAUGGCCCUGACCUUCCUGCUGGUACUGCUCACACUGGCCACGCUCUGCACGAGGCUCCAUCGAAACUUCCGCCGGGGAGACAGCAUUUACUGGGGGCCCACAGCGGACAGCCAGGACACUGUUGCUGCCGUGCUGAAGCGGAGGCUGCUGAUGCCCUCGCGCCGAGUCAAGCGCUCCCGUCGGAGACCCCUGCUCCCCGCCACGCCAGACAGUGGCCCGGAUGUGGAGAGCUCAGACUGACCUGCCCUAGCCCUGCCGCUGGCCCGGCGGGCCCCUCCUCUGCGGUCGCCCAGCCUCUGCCACGUGGGCCGCGCACAGGGGCGCCCCCUGGCGGCACACGGAGCAGCCCUGCUACAUAUUGCAGAAACGCUGCCUCCUUGACGUGCGGGUUGGAGUGGCCAGAAAAGAGCCAUUCCUGACGCCCUUGCCCAAACUCGUUUCUAAUUAAAUUAUUUUAGUAGAGUCCGCA